AUGAUAUAAUCUAAUGGAGAAUUUGAUUUUACAAACUAAGCUAUAUUGAAACUAAUUAAGAAUGAAAAAGAAAAUAAAUAAGAGGAUAUUUGUAUUGCUAUUGCUAUUGACUAUAAAUAAUAAAUUAUGGCUUCAGGUUGUAAAAAUAUAAUAAAGUUAUGGAAUUUUUAAAUUGGAUAAAUAUCAUAAAUCACAUAAUUAGAAGGGCAUAAGGAUUUAAUAACUUGUUUAAUUUUUAGUAAAAAGAGUAGAAGUCUCAUUUCAGCUUCUUAAGAUUGUCAAAUUAGAUUAUGGAAAUAAAAUAUAAAUGAAUCAUGGUCUAGUUCACAAUCAUCUUAAGAACAUUUAGGUUGUAUUAAUUGCAUAAUUAUGAAUUAUUCUGAAGAACUUCUUUUUACAGGGAGUUCUGAUUUGUCAAUUAAAGUAUGGAAAAUUAAUAUUGAUUUGAAUGAAUUGAAAUUGUUAUAUCAGCUAAAUAAACAUACAAAAAAUAUAAUUGGACUAACUUUAACUCCAAAUGAAAAUGUAUUAGCUUCUUCUGGAUUAGAUAAUUAAAUAAUUAUUUGGUGUAAAUCUUAACAAGGUAAGUAUGAUUUUAAUUAUGUAAUUAAAUAAUCUGUUAUAGAAUCUGGUUGUAGAUUAAGUUUUAUAAAUGAUAACAAAUUAAUAUGGGUAUCAAGAAGCAAUGAAGUAAUGCAUAUUUUUCAGGCUUAAGAUGGAAUUUUUAGAGAAAACACUAAGCAAAAAUUAAACCUUAAUUGUAGUCCAAUGUGUCAUGAAUAAUUUAACUUUCCUAUUUAUUAUAAUUAAGAAUCCAAAAUUAUUGCUCUCAAAAAUAAAUUUCAUUUCUACAUUAUAAAAGAAUAGCUUGAUGGUCAUUUUUAAAUCUUAUAGUCUAUUGAAUUACUAUCCACAACUACUUAUGGUACUGUAACUAAUGAUGGAAGAUUUAUUGUAUUAUGGAAUAAUGUAUCUAAAUCUUAUUAAAUUUAUGAAUUAACAAUGAAAUGA